GCUUCUCGGUGCUGCGGCCAUCACUCUUGCGGACCUACGUCCGCGGGGUUUGGUCCCUAGAUCGUCUUCGCUGAGGGGUGUUCAGCCGAAGGGCAAAACCAUGCACUUUCUGAGGUUUCCCUGGGCCCCCCUGUGGGGGCGCUUCCAGUGCCGCCCCCAGCGCGCUCCGCUCCGCGCCAGGGGGGUCCAGCCGACGGCCCAGGAUGUCCGUGGCGGGACCGGAGACAGGUCAACGACCAUGCCUGCAUUUUGCUUUGCCACGGGCGGAGGGCGUGCGGGAAUCAUCGUAGUCUGGUUUUCGGAUCAUAGCUCGGGCAGCCCCGGACGCCUCUCGGUGAGGCGUUUUGUUGCUGAAACGCGCCCCGAGGCAGGAAACUCUUUCUGAGACCCGACGACGACGUCCGAGAGCUUCCCCCGAGGAGCGCGACGGGGCUGGGGCCGAGCCAGAGCACCCGGCCGAGCCGGAGCCUCCAGCGGAGCCCGCCAGCACAGGGGCGGGCCCCGAGGCCGCCAGCGACGGCCACGAGGCGGUCGCCGCGGCUGCGGCGGGCCCCGCGGGCGCGGAGGACGCGACGGGCCCUGUCGAGCCCGGGCAUGCCGAGCAGAGCCCUACUGGCGAGGUCGACUUGGGAACGGCUACGCGAGGGGACGGGAUCGAGGAGGACGUCGUGGAGGAGGGCGCCGCGCAGGAGGCCGCCAUGGAGAACGUGGGCGCCGAGGGCGCUCUGGAGAGCCAGGCCGCUCCCGACGGGGAGCCCGCCGAUGCCACGGCAGAGCUGGGGCCCCCAGCGAGGUCCCCGGCCAGCCCGGCCUGCACAGGGGCGAGCCCAGAGGCCGCCGCCGGCGUCCUGGAGGCGGAGGAGGAGGAGGAGGAGGAGGGUGCCGCGGCCGAGGUGGGCGCCGAGGGCGUUGCGGGGCUCCCUGCGGAGGACGCCGCGGAGGAGGGCGCCGCGGAAGGAGCUUCCGUGGGCGACCAGGGCGCGGGGACGGGCCCCGCGGCCGCCGCCGGCGACCCAGAGGAGGACGCCGCGCCCAGCGGGGGGCUCGCCGGCCUCGCAGCGGAGCCGGACCUGCCUCCGGCGAGCCCCCCUGCCGGCCCAGCCAGCACAGGGGAGCCCAUGGCCGCUGAAGGCGCACCAGCGGAGGAUGCGGACCCCGAUGCGGGGCCCGGGGGCGCGGCCGCGGGAGCCCCCGCGGAGGAAACCGGGCGGCCAGAUCCACGGGCGCGGACCCCCGGGGAGGACGCCGAGGCCAGCGAGCCCGGCCCCCUGGCGGACCACAGCCCCGCUGGCGAGGCCACGGAGGCGCACCCCGAGGCGCGGCGCGAGGCCGCCCGGGAGCACCGGGAGGCGAGCCCCGUUCCCGAGGGAGGGCGCUCCGGGGACGGGGCGGCGCCCGAGCUCGCCGUUGAGCCUGCGGUGGGCCCCGCCGAGGACUACGGCAUGGGAGCAAAAGAUGUGGUGGUGAGAUCUGGAGUUCUUUUCGCCGUCGGUGGGGGGGGACCGAGAAACGGCACGGGUAGAGGUUCUUCCGCCGUCGGGUGGCAGGGGAGAUUUUCUGGUGGCUCCUGCGGCGCCCAGCUGUCCCAGGGCUGGUUAGGCUUCCGGCUGCGCGCCGCCAGGCCCGAGCAGUCCAGACUUGCCGCAACAGGCCCCCCGAGCAAUUCGGGGCCACAACCGCACCCUGGCUCCGCCUCCGGCGGGCCCUAGCCUUGGGGUGUUGAGACCGACCUUGGAACCUUGGACUAGAACGAAAGGUCUUUAGUUGUUUCCCCCCAUGUUCCUUUUGCUGCUAUUCCUACU